UGGGUUUCUAGCUCCUAUCUGUCUCUUGAUUGGCGAGGGUGUUGCUAGGAUGGCUAAGUCCCGCUUUCCGUGCCCAGCCUGGGAGAGGGAAACAAGCCCCUCCUUUCUGUGUCUGGCUGACAGGCGGCUCCGCCGAGUCUGCCCCGCGCCGUCGCGGAGGCUCGAGGGGGAGCGCGGAGCACAUCCAAGUCUGGUCCUGGCCUUUGUGGGGACGGAUAACUGCGCUGUCGGGAGCAUUUAGAGAAGACAGCAAUGGAACGAUAUGAUGUGAAACCACCUCCUUCCCGCAGCCGUUCCAAGACUGCUUUGUAUGUGACUCCUCAGGAUCGUGUAACUGAGUUUGGCAGUGAACUGUACGAAGAUGGAGGAAAACUGUAUUGCACUUUCUGCAAUGUGGUGCUGAAUCAUGUUCGCAAGUCUGCAAUCAACGACCAUCUCAAAUCGAAAACUCACACCAAGCGCAAAGGGGAGUUUGAAGAGCAAAGUGUCAGGAAGAAACCACGGACUCUGACUGCCUCUCUGCAGUGCAACAGCACAGCCCAGACAGAAAAACCCAGUGUCAUCCAGGACUUUGUAAAAAUGUUUCUGGAAGCUAGCAUUCCUCUUGAGAAGGCUGACCAUCCAGCUGUGCGAGCAUUCCUGUCUCGCCAUGUGAAGAAUGGGAACUCCAUACCCAAGUCAGACCAGCUAAGGAAAGCCUACUUGCCUGAUGGGUAUACAAAUCAACUUCUCAAAUCGGAAGACCACUGAAGGGAAGAUACUUGGUUGUGGAUGUGGAGUAUUAAAGUUUCAUAGCAGUGA